AUGCAAUGCGGAGUGGCUCAUAUACUGUCAGCUGACUUGUCUCAAGCCGAUUUUUCACAACUUGUUCUCACUCUUACAGCCAUGUCAGACGCCAUUGAGAAACGAGUAUACAUCGGAGGUCUUCAUUCCAGCGUCACCGAUCAGCUCUUGCACGAUCGAUUCAAUCGGUACGGUACGAUCAGCUCUGCGACUGUCGCCAAAGACGAUCAAGGGAAUUGUCGUGGAUUCGGUCACUUGACUAUCACAACUACACCAAAGCAGUGGGCAGGCUGUUUAUCUGUUUACAAUGGAGCAAAGUGGAAAGGCAUGGUGAUGCGACUCGAAGACGCCAAACCUGACUACAAAGAGCGGAAGCGUAAGGAGGACGAGCAAUUACGAAAGAAGGAAGAGAGACAACAAAGGAAGCGAUUACGACUUGAAAAACGAUUCUUGGCCAAAGAUAUGACGCCUGUCACUGAUAAGAAUAUGGAGAAACGACGAGGAUGGAGGCGAGGACGAUAUGGUCGUGCUAUUGCUAUCAUGCAUCUACGUCGUCCAGAUGGCACUCAGAUUGUCUUCGAUCCCAGCCACUAUAAGAACAACCUCACCAAAUUAUACAACAUUAAUGCACGCAUGAAGCCUGUGUCACGUCUACCGAUGCAAUACGAUGAUUACGCCAGUGACAACGAUGAUCGUUACGAUGAUACCACUUAUGACCAAGAUGAAAGCGAUCAUGAAGACAACAUGGAUAAGGGUGAUGAGAAGCGACUGGCAGCAAUGGAACGCCGAAUGGCAGAGGCACAGCAAAAACAUGAGAUGAUCCAACGGGCUCUGAAUAGCGAUGACAAGGAUCGUGCAAAUCAUGUUACUUUUGAUAACGAAGAAGAGGAGGAGGCGGAUGAAGAUGAUCGAUCAUUGAAGCCACGACCAUCAUCAGAACGACCAGCUCCACGAGAUUCAAGCUGGCUAUUUGAUUCAGAUGAAGACGAAGAGGAUCUUGAGAUCAAGAUGAAUCCUGUAUUGGAAGGAGAGAAAGGUCGAGAGCGACUUGCAUUGCAGAGCACUUUCAAGGGUGAUGAGCGUUUCAAGUUGGAUGAAGAUUUUAUUGACGAGGAUGAGAUCAAAAAGACGCGCAACAAAGAAAAUAUCGAGGAGGAUGAGAUUACAAGGGAUUUGAAUGCUGAGAAGGAUCAAUCCAUGGAUGUGUUGCGUGCUAUGUUUGGCGAGGAGACAGUAAACAAGACGAAGAAGAGAGAUACACAAUGGACAAGUGGAGCACGAUAUGAUCCUGAAGCGGAAGAUGCUGAUCAGUAUUUGAGGAACGUAAACAACUCUGAGGAAGAAAGCGAUAACUCUGAGGAAGAAGCCCUGCCCGCCAACACGACUCCUGUCACAGCAAUGCCCGUUGUAUCAAAAGACAAACAUUUUGAGGUGAAUGUUAAUAUGAAGCCAUUGUUUGCAGCAGAGGAAGGGCCAUUCAAACUUUUUGGAGGAGAUGAUGACGACGACGCUGAAAAUGAUACCAAACAACAACCUCUUUUCGGGAACAUGCUGGACAGUGACGAUGAAGGAGAUGUUGCUACUACAACCAAAUCAAAGAAACAUGCACAGCUUGGCUUGGGUGUGAUGUUUUUCUUCCACACAGACAACCCAUCUCUUAUGGCAAAGAGCUGUUUUGACUAUGAUCCAAAUGGUGUAUUCCAAAGAUCCGAAUCAGAAGACUUUGAAUCAAUAUGGCAAGAAAAGAGACCCCAAAUUACUGAUUAUCUGAAAAAGCGUCAGAGACGUGCAUUGAAGAGGAACAAAAAGCAAAAUGUCAAAAGCAAUGGACAAUAA